UGGUCGCUUCUUUACGUUGCUUGCCUCUCCUUUUCUUCACCUCCCGACCCCGACCCCGGUCCCCGUUCCCUACUUCCACUGUCUCGGGGCACUCGCCUUAUGAAGCAGGUAAGGUUACAUCUCCCCUUCUCCGAGCCCCGCGGCCGCCUCUUACCGCCUCCGAGCCCCCCAUGGCGAUUCUAGGGUUUCCAUCUCUCUCCCUCUCCCCCCUCCGCGGUCGUGAUUGUUAGGGUUUUGCGACCGAUAGAGUUUCUUGAUCGCGGUAGUGGGGGGAUCGAUCCCGCCGAUGGGGCGCAAGAAGAGGAAUCGGCGCCUCGCGAAGCCCGAUCGGGCGAUUUUCCGCUAAUCCGCCGUUUUCUCCGCUUGCAGACUCCGAUCGGCGGUUAGGGUUUCGUGAGGUUAGGCAACGGCGUAGAUCCUGGGCUUGAGGGGUCGAUGGAGUCGAUUAGGAGGAAGAGGAAGGGGACGAAGUCGUCUUGUUCCUUCGUUGGAUCGCACUUGUCCGAUGAUGGCGGCGCCGGCGAUCUCGAUCGGCGGAGCAAGAAGAAGUGCAGGGAGUCGAAGCCGAAGCCCCGAUCUGAGAUGAUCGGAUCUGGCGGCCGGGUCGGCGCCGCCACCGGCGCCGCCGCGGGCAUCGUCAUGACCGCGCCUCCCUCCGGCGGAUCGUGUCCCGAUACCCCCGGGCGCGGCCUCAAACGGAAGCUCGGGUGCAUCGAGUCGGCGACGCGGAUCGGGCGGAAGAAGAAGCUGGAGCACGAGUACGCGCUGGGCCGCGAGAUCGGCCAGGGGAAGUUCGGCUCGGUGCGGAUCUGCAAGAACAAGGCCACCGGCGAGGAGUUCGCGUGCAAAACGCUGCUCAAGAACGGCGAGGAGACGGUCCACCGGGAGGUGGAGAUCAUGCAACACCUCUCGGGGCAUCCGGGCAUUGUGACCCUCAAGGCGGCGUUCGAGGAUUCGGAGUGUUUUCAUCUUGUAAUGGAGUUGUGUCCCGGCGGAAGGCUCUUAGAUCAGAUGAUUGGCGAGGGGAGGUACUCGGAACGGCGUGCCGCACACGUGCUAAUGGAGGUGAUGUUGGUCAUCAAGUAUUGCCAUAAUAUGGGGGUUGUCCACCGCGACAUUAAGCCCGAGAACAUCCUCCUUACAAACAAUGGGAAGCUGAAGCUCGCUGACUUUGGAUUGGCCGUGCGAGUUACCAAUGCAGGUCAGAAAUUGUCUGGCAUUGCCGGAAGCCCAGCCUAUGUUGCCCCAGAAGUUCUUUCGGGUGAUUACUCAGAGAAAGUAGACAUAUGGGGUGCCGGUGUACUCCUCCAUGCUCUCUUAGUUGGUGCACUUCCAUUCCAGGGGGGCUCGCUGGAAGCUGUUUUUGAAUCCAUUAAGAACGUCGAGCUCGACUUCCACAGCGGCAUGUGGGAUUCCGUAUCAGAACUUGCACGAGAUCUUAUCAGCCGCAUGCUGACCCGCGAUGUCUCCUCCAGAAUAACUGCUUCUGAAGUUCUCAGGCAUCCAUGGAUUUUGUUCUACACAGAAUGCCCUCUAAAGGCAGUACCUAACACUAGAUUGAGGGUAACUAACAGAACUUUAGCCCCAAGAAGAAUAGAAUGGGAGAAAAUUAGGGCAGAGAUUGACUCUUCAUUAUCGGAAACGUCCAGUCAGAAGUCGGAUGAGCAGGACGAGUGUGGCUUUGUCGAUGCCCUCGCUGCAGCAAUAUCGCGCGUGAGGAUUUCCGAGCCGAAAAGGACUAGGCUUUGCGGCCCCGCUAUUCCCAUCCAACAGGAGUGCUCUUCCAACCUGAAAGCUAACCUCUGCACAGCGUUCUGACUCUACUCCAGUGUAUAGCAUCUGACUCUUGGCUGCGUCGAGCAUUUUUCUACCUAAGAACUGAUCUUCCAUUCGCUUACUCGAUGGCAAUGGCAAUUUGAUUUUGUCACGGAAUGAAAGGUACCCUGGGCUUUUCUAAUUUGUAGAAAGCAUUGACCAAGGGUUUGCCCUUUUUUCUUUCGAAUGCUAUUAUGGCCUAAGUUUGUAAUAAACUAACUUGGCUGUAAAUUUUCUUGUAUAUAGUGCCUUAAUCCUUUUAUCUAGUUAUUCUUAAUUAAA